AUGAGUAUUUCUGCAAGUCUUGUGAAAGAACAAGAAGAACUUAAGAAAAAAGUUGACGAGUUAACAAAACAAAUUUCAUCUAUUAAGAAAGAAGCAACUGAAGGAAUUGAUUUUGAUAAAAGAAUGAUGGACUUGUUAGAAAUGAAACAGUACUUAGGAACAAUUAAAGAUAACUCAGAGUUAAAAAAGAUUUAUAUAACAAGUACAAAAACUAAAAAGGAAAAGAAAGGAAAUUAUAAAAUGACUUUAAGAAGACAAAAAGCUCUUACACUUAAAACAAAUGAUAACGAACCUAUGUAUAAUGUUAUUGAAAUUCGUAAACAAUUUGCCAUCGAUAGUGUAUCAAGAGAAAUUGAGAAGAUGGCAAGAGAUCAAGUUGUUGACGAUCCUAAUUUCACUAAUUCUGUUGAUAAAUUAAUUCAGUCAUUGGCAGAACAACUUGAUACAGAUUGUAAAACAAAUGAUGUCAAUGAUUUAUUAAAAACGUUUGACGUUAAUUCAGUUGCAUUAAGAAAAACUUCAACAAUGUUUAAAGUAACUUCAAGGCUAUUCUCAAUGGAACCAAUAGUUGAGGAAGAGACUAUUGCUGAUGAUGCUGAGUAUGAACGAAUUGCUCUUUGUGAAAAACUUACUUUUACUGAUAUUAUUAAGAAAGUUGCUGAUUUUUCUGUAUCAAUGGAAGAUGCUAUUUGUUUGAGUGCUGUUAUGUUAGGGAAACCACAUGAUGAUUAUUCAGGUGAUUUUUUUGAUGUAUGUUCUCAAACAAUAGUGAAUAUUACAGAGUUAUCAACUAAUGUCAUAGCAUUAUUUGAAAGAUUAUCAAAGUUGAGAGGAGAUGAGGAAGUGAGAAAAAGUUAUGAGGUUGAACUAAAAGCUUACAUUGAUAUUGUAGAAGAAAUAAUUGAACGAGAAAAGGAAAAUACUGUAAAAAGGUUGCUUUCAAAUAAUGAAAAAGCAGAGGAAGUCAAGGUUGAGUUCAGACCAGGUGAUUUAGAAGAAAUUAUAAGAGAAACAGCAUUGAAAGUAAAAACAAGUAUAUCACAUGCAUUAAUGAGUGCAUAUGCAAUGGCACAUAUGAAACCUAAAGAAUAUGGAAAGUUAAAAGAAGAGACUGGAGAAAAGAAAAAGAAGAAAGACGAGAAGAAGAGGGAGUUUGUUUUAGAUAGAUGUUUUUAUAAGGAAAAAAUGGCGUUAGUAGAGUUAAUGAGUCUUGUUUUAAAUGUCUAUCAUGUGAUUGAGAUAUUUAGUGAACAGACACGAGGAAUUGUUUGUAUUAAACAAAGUGAGACAGAAAUUGGUGAAUCACAAGAUAAAGCAGAUAUUCAAUUAACAAAGAAUCAUGUAACAUCAGGAAAUGUGAAUGGGUUUAUUGAGAGAUUAACAACAACAGAAGAUAAUGAUUUUGCAGAGUUGAUUGUAUCAUCAUUUGGUUCAUUCAUGACAUCAAAAGAAUUUAUAAAGAAAUUAGUAGAAGCACAUCGAACUGGAGAUAAAGCUGUAAAGAAGAAUGUAAUGAAAGUUUUUUCUCUAAUAACAUAUAAGACAUUUGCUGAUUUAGGAAAAGAGGCAGAGAGUAUAUUAAUUGGAUAUUUGGAAAAUAUGAAAGAACCGGAGGCUGUUGAAAUGCGAGUUCAAUGCAAAAGAAAGGCUAACAUUAAAGAUUUGAACAUAGCAGGGUUAUUAAUUCCACCAAUCAAUUUUUAUAUACCUGAUGAACCUAUAUUCCCAACAGAAUUUUUUAUUUCAUGUGAGGCAAAAGAAAUAGCAAGACAACUCACAAUGAUAGACUAUGGAAUCUAUAAAAAAGUGAAACAGAGUGAAUUACUAGAGAAUCUACCUAGUGUCAUGAAAAGGAAUAAAAUUUGUAGGUAUUCACACGUGAUAGAAAUGGUAAAUAGAAUUGAUGAGAUAGCAAAUUGGACAGCAACUACAAUAUUGAUGUUUGCUGAUAUGAAUAAUCGAGUAGCUAUGAUGAUGAAAUUCAUCGAAGUAGCAAAUGAGCUUGAAUCAUUAAAUAACUAUCAUUCAUUAGCAGGAAUUUGUAAAGGAUUUGAGUUAGAAACUGUUCAACGACUUGGUGUAACAGUGAAAAGUGUUGGUUCACAUUUGAAACAUUUAGCUGACAUUUCUAAGAAUCUAGGAUUUAAUUCAAAUUCAUACAAAGGAUAUAAGAAUGCAGUAGAAAAAAUUAAAGAUGCAUGUGUUCCAUUUAUAUUACCUACAAUUAAGGAUAUUCAUGGAGUGUAUGAGAAGCAACCAUCGAGUGGAAAAAUUAUUAACACAAUCCAAAAGGAACAGAUUCUUGAGCUUGCAAGCAAGUUCUUAAAGUAUCAAAACUAUGAAUACGGCUUUACAAUUACUGAGCCAUUAUACACAUAUUUAUUUGAUUUAUGUUAUCUUCCAGUUAUUGGAAACCCCGGGGAAGAUUCAUAUCAAAGAAAAAUAUCAUUAUUAUGUGUUGACGCACCCCAAUAA